UCCCACUAUAACAAAACGUGACUUGACUAGCCCACGGCGCACUCGUCUCCUCCCCCUCCCCUGCUUUCCGCCCGCUCGCAUCUCCCCGCGCUCACACCACGCGCGCACGCGAAUCUCCUCUCUCUCUCUCUCUCUCUUCGCUUUCCUCUCCCCACCCCGCGCGCGCGGACGGCCGGUGCGCUCGCCGGAGGAGGGAGGAGUCACCCCGAUCGUCCGUGCGCCAUGAAGUGGGGGCUGGCUGCCGCCGUCGCCUCCGCCGCCGCCGUGGCCGCCGCGUCCGGGGCCGAGCUGCUCGCCUGCGACUGCGCCGCCGAUCAGCCGCUGCCGCACCACCACCACCAGGAGCCCGCCCCCGCCGUCGGGCGGUGCGACGCCUUCCGCCUCCGCCACAGCCAGGGAUCGAGGGAUGCGGAGCGGGCGCCGGCGGGGGAGCGGGUGGAGGGCAAGAAGUUCGCGCCGCGGUUCGACGGCCUCCGCUUCAUCGAGACGCUCGUCACGGCGCACCGCUGAAACGCUGGAUUCCUCUCUCUCCUCCCGUGAUUCGGCGGAGGAAGACGAUCAACGAGGACGCGCCCCCCUCCAGAUUGAUUCAUCGGGCGAUUUAGAUGCGGCGGCGUUGCACGGCCCCCACGCUGCUGCUGCUGCCAAAAAGUUUUGUUAGGACAAAAUUCAGUAAUUGAGGCUUUCAAAACUUUCUUCUUCCUCUUUUCUUUUUAUUUCUUCUUCUUUUUAACUUUUUAUUGGUACUGCUGCUACUGUUGGUGACAAUUAUCAUGAUUGUGUUAAGCUGGAAGGAGUCCACAAUUGUGAGGAUGAUUUAUGUAAAAUUGCGAGCCAUGAUUACAUGCAUGUUCCUCAUUCA